AUUUCUUUUACCAAUAUAAUUUGUCUUUUACUUUGAGCCUCACAAGAAGGCUAGUUAUGAUCCUCCGUACUAACAACAGGUGACUAGUGAAAAUCCGAUCGGCCAAUGGAAGCUCCCUCUGUCUUUACUGGUACCUCAUCCCUGUUACAAUUAACCUUUCGAUCCGACUGAAGGAAAAAAGGUGAAAAGCCCCUCUGUUAUGUUAAUUUGCUGGCCGUAUUAUAAUCCUUUUCAUCCAUAUCCAAUCCACUCCAUCUGGAUAAUUAAUUGUUUGGAGCAGGCUGUGUUUGCGUUUCAUAAGGAAAGAAUCGACCUUUAGUUUAAUUUUUGAUCUCUGUUGGUGUUGUGUGGUAAUAAUUGGGAAUGGAGAUUAAAAUUGACUUUAUGCAAUGCCUUGAAACGGACAUGAUAAUCAACAUUCUGUUGUGCUUAACUGAUCCCACUGACCUCGUUCGUGCUGGAGCUGUGUCCCGUUUUUGGCGUCAGUUCAUGAUUGAAAACGGGAUUUCCAAGAAAGUGUGUCUAAGAAAGUUCCCUCAACUCUCAAGCAUUGCAUGGGUAGUUGAACAAGGUUGUAGACCAUCUGAAUCAUAUGUUGGAUGUACCUCAUGUACCAAUCCUGAACUGGAGUCCCCAAGAACAGAACAUAAGGUUUAUGCCUCUCUACUUAAAGCCACUCAGACACUGCUAGCAUCAUCUCCAACUGAAUCUAUUGAUCGUGCAAUUGGGGCUUCUAGUACAGACAAUUUCCCUCUUGAAAGUAUUAGUAAUACUUUAUAUCCAAGGGAAUCGUAUAUGGGUACAGCGUCGUAUUGGUCCAGUAAAGGGCAGCGUAAUCCUGACGUGCCCGAGACUUUAAUAUACAAAUUGAAAGCUGACUUUGGGGUUGUGACUGAAUUUAGAAUACAACCUUUUGAAGCAUUUUUUCAACCUGGCAAACCAAUAUACUCAGCAAAAUCUGUACGGUUUCGAGUGGGCCAUCCCAAAUCUCCAACUGAAAUAUCAAGUCUGGAGUUGCCUACACAGCAUCCAGUUAAUGAUAAGUUUGUAUGGACCUAUACUUCAGAGGAGUUCCUAAUGACUCAGGAGAGUUGCUUGCAGGCAUUCAAGUUGCCCGAACCUGUUCUUUGCAUUGGUGGAUUUAUACAGAUUGAGCUCAUAGGUAGAGUCCAGACACAAGAAAUGGAUGACUUGUUUUAUAUCUGUGUGAGCCAUGUAAAAGUUGGGGGCAGACCUCUCUCCCCUGGAUUUGAUGUGCAGAUGCUUGAGCAACAAGAAUCAUCUGGAAAGUUCUCGAUGACUUACAACCAUGAAAUGUUUCAGUGCAUGCUGACGACAUUGGCUGACGGUGAAGAUGACGAUCUUUCUAGACUGUUCGGGCAGGAUGAGAGAAAUGUGGGUUUGUUGGGGUAUCUAUUGGGUGGUGUUCAACAACCAGUUCAUAUGCAUCCAUGGGAGGAUGAUGAUGAUGACUCUGAUGAGGAGAUGGAGUUUGUAUUGCAUGAUGAUUAGUUAUAGAUUGCAGAAUGUUUUUAUGGACUUUUUAGGGGGGUGUUUGUAUUUGCACAUGUAAAUUUAACUUAUUUUUUUCUUGUCUUUCGUUUCAGCUUUAACCGUGUGCUAUAGUAAUUAUAUUACGGAAUAUACUUAUACUACGUAUACGUAAUGUCAACAGAAGGAACUGUCCAACAUGAGGAUAAUAAGUUCUAUGAACAAUAAUGUGUUGAAGGCUUUU